CCUCAAAUAUUCAGAUAUUACCCUCCAGCUUAGCUCGUUACCACAAACAUAGCAAUAAUGGCUUCUCCGUCAAAGUUUUCACCACUGUUGUUCUUUCACCGGCUUGACAAUUUCACGUCAAUGCGAUGUAGCUCUUACAGUGGAAUCUCCUCUCUAUUUCGGAGGAAUUCUAGAAUGUUCUCGAGUGGCCCAUUCAGCGGAGGAGAAGAAGACGCUUCUUCUCAACCAGGCGAUUCACCUUCAAAGCUUGUAUUGUAUUCAUACUGGCAGAGCUCGUGUUCUUGGCGUGUCCGUUUCGCCUUAGAUCUCAAGGGUAUGCUGUUGACAACAGUUCUGGUCGACGAUUUUGUAUAUCAUUUUAGUUAAGUUGACAUUGACGAUUUUGUUGUUGAUUGAGGCGCAAGCAGGGCUCUCUUAUGAAUACAGAGCAGUCAAUCUCAGCAAAAGAGAACAAUUUGAUCCCAAGUUUGAGAAGCUAAAUCCUCUGCGAUAUGUCCCUGUGUUGCUUGAUAGUGGUCAUACGGUGAUUUCAGAUUCCUAUGCAAUAUUAUUGUAUUUGGAGGAGAAGUAUCCAAAAUGUCAGUUAUUGCCUCUGAGUCCUCAAUUACGAGCAAUUAAUCUUCAGGUUGCAAGUAUUGUCAGCUCCAGCAUACAGCCUCUUCAUAUGAUCUCAUUGCUAGUAUGUCUACAUAUCACAUUUUUUUUAUAAAAGAGAAUCUGCCAUCUAAAAUCAAGGAGUUGCAUGGUAUGAAGAACUGUCUGUUCUCAAAUCUCAAUUACUCAGAAUUACAUUGAAGAAAGAUUUGGUCCUGAUGAACGAGAAUCAUGGGCUCAACAUAACAUCGGAAAAGGUUUCUAUGCCCUUGAGAAGUUGCUGAGCAGAUUUGCAGGCAAACAUGCUACGGGAGAUCAACUAUAUCUGGCUGAUGUGUUUUUGGCUCCUCAGAUCGCCAUUGCAUCUGAAAGGUUUAAUAUUGACAUGUCGAAGUUCCCUACUCUAAUUUCAAUAUACCAAGCAUGCAAGGAAUUACCAGAAUUCCAUGCCUCCUCUCCACAAAAGCAACCUGAUGCUGCUGUAUCGAUGUGAAACUUGCCUCCCCAUUUCGCCCAUUUCGCACACAUUUCCAACUACUUUGCAGCACUUCUGAUUUCUUAUACUUCGUAUGUAAUUUAUAACUAUAUUCUUGUAGUCAGUAUCCACUAUAUGCACAUACUGUAUUCUGAAUAACUGAAUGGAUGGACUAUAAGAGUAUAAGAAGAGAAAUCUUAC